CGCCUGGGUUUCCUUUAUGAUCCCGGGAUCUCCCACAUCCCUCGCCAGACAUCAGCCAGCAGCACCACUGAACGCAGCUCCCUCCCUCCCUCUCUCUCUCCUUCACGCAUAAACACCAUCUCUGGCUGCAGCUGCACCGCAUCCACAGACCUCCCCGCACCGGGCUCCAACCUAAGAGAAGAGAAUAACGGCUGCAACUCGCACCAAAGGGGAUCUACAGCAACUCUUCCGAGGAGGGAAGACUACUUUGUGUUGCCUUUUCUUCCUUUCCUGUUCUACCCUUGCCGCGAUGUCCGAAGUGCUGCCAUAUAACGAGGGGAAAAUGAGCGGCUACGGAGCGGACAGCGAGGUCAGCCAGAUGUCCUUUAGCUGCGGACUGCAGGACUCAAAUGCCUUCUUCGCUGCGUCGCAGGCGAAAAGACCCCCAAAGCUGGGACAGAUCGGCAGAGCCAAGCACGUGGUCAUCGAGGACGACCGAAUAGACGAGGUCCUGAAGGGAAUGACGGACAAGUCCUCACCCGGCGUGUAAAGCGUCUCCGAUGGCCUUGCAGACUUUUUUAAUUUUCGAUCACCCGAUUUGAAGCACUUGUCGGCUGUGCAUGUUCGAGGAUUGCAGGAGAGAGGGAGACAGAUGAAAAUUAAAAACAUGGGCAGCUCUGAGCAAGAAUGAGGAUGAUAAAAGGAGGAGAGUGGGGAAAAAGGAGGGUAAUGGACAAGGCUUUGAGGGGGAAAAAUAGACAGAGGUGAAGAAAGACUGGUGGACUCUAGAGGAAGGGGAAUAAAGACCAAGUUUUAUUGUGGGAUUGCUGGCAAUUCUUCAUAAGAAUCCCGAUUUUAACUAUGUUGAGAUGGCUGCUGUGUAUCUCAACCUCUGCUGACUUAAAAUGAUGGAUUAACUUGUCAUUUUUUCUUCACGAUCAUCUCUUUCAGUUGUUCUUUUCCAGAAAUAUAUAUAUAUCUAUAUAUACAUAAAGAAGCGCUGUAAACAACAAAAGACUGCAACUAUAGAGGGCAAAACUAAAUCCGGCCCUAUUUCAGUAAGUUGUACAAUAGGUAAAGCUAUAAGCUCUUAAACGACCCCCCUCCCUGUUCCUUUCUCAGCCCUUUAGGCUUUGUUUUGUUGAUCCAAUCAGCCACGAAUUUUAAGGGAGCUGUCCUUUCAGCACUGAUCUAAUGCAUCCCCUGUUGCUGCUAAUACUUUUACAGAAAAA